GCGGGAAGAGCGAACGAACUGAACCUCUCACCAUCGUACACCGAAGAGUGCUAAUGCUGUACUCGUACACUUCCUAGGACUGCUGUUUUCUCAGUAUACUGAGGUGGCAUAUUUGGAUUAUUCUCUGUUUUACUAUUUAUGCGGAGAUUUACAGCUUGGUUUCGAAUUCCCCGCUGACUGAAGUUUAAAGGGAUUUAGCCUGCAAAGCAGAUGGAGGACCCUGCAGACUCAGGCGGCGGUGGUGCAGCAGCUCCAGAGGGCCCCACGAUGCGAGUGACGGAGAUCCGCUGCCCAACAGGAGCCUGUCCUUUACGGUUACUGGAGUGGAAAGUUAAACCCGGAUCUUUUGUCAAUGUAGAUUCUGUGCUUGCACUGUGCGCCCCUAUUCGACCGGUGGAAGAGUGUGAAUCAGAGACACGGGAACAGACGAACAGGCUGCCUGAAAAGAAGGUGAAAUCGGAUCGUGCAGGAGUAGUGAAGGAGCUGUGCUGUCAACUUGGACAGGUCAUAUCUCCUGGUGGGGUCAUUGCAAGAAUAGAGGAAUGCAGUCAUCCAAUUGUGAUGAAGGGCCUGUGUGCCGAAUGUGGAAAAGAUCUUGCACAGCUGCAGAACAAGAAUGGGAGGCAGCAAGCGCCCCUCUCUACGGCAAACGUCUCCAUGGUGCACAGCGUUCCGGAGUUGAUGGUCAGCUCAGAGCAAGCAGAACUCCUAGGCCGGGAGGACCAACAGCGGCUGCACCGGAACAGGAAGUUGGUUCUGAUGGUGGACCUGGACCAGACGCUCAUCCACACCACCGAACAGCACUGCCGACGCCUGUCCAAUAAGGGCAUCUUCCACUUCCAGCUGGGUCGCGGCGAGCCCAUGCUCCAUACCCGUUUGCGGCCGCACUGCAAGGACUUCCUGGAGAAGAUCGCCAAGCUCUACGAACUUCAUGUGUUUACCUUUGGCAGCAGGCUAUAUGCCCAUACCAUAGCAGGAUUUUUGGAUCCGGAAAAGAAGCUCUUCUCUCACCGCAUCUUGUCCAGGGAUGAGUGCAUCGACCCCUUCUCCAAGACUGGAAACUUAAGGAACCUGUUCCCCUCGGGCGACUCCAUGGUGUGCAUUAUCGACGACCGGGAGGAUGUGUGGAAGUUUGCUCCCAACCUGGUGACCGUGAAGAAGUACGUCUACUUCCAGGGGACGGGCGACAUCAACGCACCGCCAGGGUCUCGGGAGGCGGCCCGGAAAGGCGCUCAGGCCAGCAAGGCAGCCGACAGCACAGAACCCUCAGACCCGUCCACUGCGUCGGAGGAGCAGAGCAACGGCCUCAGGAAACGAGCGCCACGCGACCGGCACGCACAGCCACCGGCCCCGGCCCCGGCCUCCGCCACUCAGGGAGCGACAGCCAACGACAGGACUCAGCCCGACAAGGAAGGGGCGGGACAACAGGCGGAGGGCGAGGCCGCGGCCGCGUCACGGGUCGGCGGCGAAGGGACUUCGCCGAACGCAGAGGAAACGGAAAAGAACAGCGGCGGCAGCGGCAGCAGCGCUCAGGAGGCCCAGCGGCCGGAAGAGGAACCGUCGUCGGAACCGUCGUCGUCGGAACCCAAAGAGCCGGAGCCGACGAACGCCGGCUCGGAGAACGCGCAGAGCCACGGCGCGGGGCAGAACGACCUGGACUUCAACUUGUCCAGCGACAGCGACGACGACAGCCAGUCGGAGGCCAAGGACAGGAGCACACCCCCCGCCCCGACCCAGCCCACGUCUUCCACGAAAGAGGAAGACGACGCGACGUCGGCCAGCAGGGAAGAGAGCGACGCCGUGACUGCGGAGAAGUCGAUAGAAGAAAGCCGGGAUCACAACGCACAGAAGGAGCUCGGGAACGGGGACAGCACGGAGGUCAGCGACAAAGAGCCGAAGCCCAGCGAAGCGACCGCGGGAGGGGAAAGGUCGGCGGAACGCGGGCCAGACGACCCCACCGCCGACGACGACGAGGACAUGGCGGACGAAGACGACGAGGAGGAGGACGAGGAGGACGAGGAGGACGAGGAGGAGGAGGAAGACCGAGACCACGACGACCACCUCAUCUACCUGGAGGAGGUGCUGACGAGGGUCCACCGCGAGUACUACGCCCGCUACGACGCCUACCUGCACCAGGGCGCGAGCGGCAACUCGCCCGCCGCCGCCACCGCCGCCCAGGGUGCCGGCGAGCCGCCCGACAUGCGGCGGAUCGUGCCCGAGGUGAAGGGGCGCGUGCUGGUGGGCACCACGGUGGUGUUCAGCGGCCUCUACCCCACCAACUACCCCAUGGAGCGCACGCGCGAGUUCUACCACGCCAGGGCGCUGGGGGCGCACGUGGCCAAGAGCCUGGUGCUCAACAUCAAGGACCCCGAGUGCACCACGCACCUCAUCGCCGCCCGAGCAGGUACAGAUAAGGUGCGGCAGGCCAUGCGCUGUAAACACCUGUACGUGGUGAAUCCUGAUUGGCUGUGGGGCUGCCUCGAGCGCUGGGAGAAGGUGGAGGAGCAGCUUUAUCCCAUCAAGGAAGACUACAGCAAAGCGCCCAGGAGUAACAGUCCAGCGUUCUUCCCCGACGCCCUCUGUGCUCCCCCUCUCCACCCGGCCCCCCAGCAAGACCCCACCCCUCGGCCGCCGCCCCCGGAGGUGCGCACCUACGACCCCGUCACCGGCAAACUUAUCCGCAGGGGCCCCCAGGCGCACCACCAGCCCUCCUUCCACCACCACCACCAGCAGCACCAGCAGCAGCAGCACCACCACCCCGCGGGGCCAUCGGGGGUCCCCCAGCCGGAGCCCAAACCCCGGCCGUCCCCGCCGGAGGUGCGCACGUACGACCCCGUGACGGGCAAGCUGAUCCGGAGAGGCCCCCAGGCGUCCAGGCACUCCUCCUACGGCCAGGCGCCAGGGCCGUCCACGUCGCGGUCGUCUUUCAGCGCGAGUGGGCAGCAGCAGCCGGAUGACGAGCAGCCAGGGCCGUCCCGACGAGACCGGCAGCCCAGCAUGUCCGAAACCAACCCCCUGUACACGCUCUGCAAGGAGGACCUGGACUUCAUGGACAAAGAGGUUGAUGACAUCCUGGGCGAGGAGAGCGACAACGAGAGCGACGAGCAGGGAAAGGAGGACGAGAAGAUGGAGGUGGGUGGCGGCGCCGCCGAAUGCGGUGGCGUUGGCAUUGUUGGUGGUGAGGAAGAUGAGGACGAAGGGCCAGAGGAGAGGCCUCAGACUAGCCAGCAGAGUUUGGCAGUUCAGCCCCAGCAGCAGCAAAUCCCAGGCCCCAGCGCCAGGGAGGAGACGAGCCAGACGCAACCCAGCGACGGAGACAGUCUGUCGGGCAGCGAGCCAAGGGGUCAGAAGCGCAAGCUGGACGAGACCAGAGGCGAGCGCGAGAAGGAGAAAGAGAAGGAGGAAGAGAAGGAGGAGAAGAAAGAGGUGGCGGCCGGAGAGGACACGGCGCUCUCGGACAGCCAAUCCAGCAGGGACUCCAACGAGGAGGGCAGCAGCUCGGAGGCGGACGAGAUGGCCGCCGCCCUGGAGGCCGAGCUCAACGACUUCAUGUGAGGCGGAGGACUCGAAACCAAGCACUCGCCCCCCCCCCCCCCUGAUGCUCCCCAAGCCCCUCGACAAACUGCACUGCCCCGACAUGUGGUACCUAAAACAGGGGAACUCCUUUUGUGUGUAUGUGUGUGGGUGUGAGUGUGUGUGUGUGAUACGGUGUGCGUACAUACAAUGUGUAAACAUGACAAAGAUGAAUAAUAAUGAAGAAUUUUUGUUUUGUACAGUAUAUAGUUCCUUAGCAUAAUAUUUUAGGUGGGGUUGUAUAAGCUGUUGACGAACACGUUAAAGGUGUUUCUGUGGUGAAAAUAGAAGUGGUAAUUUUGAAAAUGUUUAACUUUUACCUGAGUUUGUUUUUUCCUACGAUCUUUUAUACAAAUUCAAUUUAAAAAUAGCUGAAUAUGAAAUGAAUUGGUUCAUAAAUGCCAAAGAGCCUGGAAAAAGGUCCAUUUGGACCAGCAGCUAAAAUCCACGUUUUACACAGACUUCCUGUUCCUGUUUCUUUUUUUAGGAUUGAUUGUUCUUUACCAGCAGUAAAUCUCUUGACGCCUGAAUGUGACCUGUUUGAUUUUCAUUUCUGAUCCUCUGUUCUUUUUUGUUUUUCUAACAAACUUUUUGAACUUGGGGGCGAAUGACUCUCCAUUGACUCAUGGAAGGGACCCACCCUCUAAAGAUUCAGAUGUCAAGGGUGCAUCUUAAUGGGCUGUGUGUGUGUGUGUGUGUGUGUGUGUGUUGGUGUGUCUUCGCUCUCUUAACUCUGAGGAGAAUGAGAAAGAAACUGACCCUUUUCCAGGACCAGACGAAAUAGAUCACAGGACAGCAGGUGUGCUCAGACCGUCUAGGCCUGAGCCCUGGGCCUCGUCUCUGAUACCAUCAGCCUUUACGCAGGCACAUGGUCCAGUACUAAUGACCGAAAUGAGGAAAAAUUGGAACAGUCUGCAGUGGAGAAUUCUAACUAAAUCUCCGGAGGGGAGUUGAGCAUGUGAGUAAGAGUGUCUGCUAAAGUGGGGUUCUCACAAUUUACCAGUAAGAUGUUCAUAUUUGGUCCAACACUGGCAUUUAACCAUCGUUUUUCUUUCAUCAGUUCACUUACUUUUGUAUCCAUCAGAUGUUUCUCAAAACGAGUCCCAAUACUACAGUGUACUCCCAUUGUACCCAACAAUUUGUCAUGACUAAAUAGACUCAAAAGAAACCAGUACAAAUGAUAAAUGUGACCCAAGAUGCCCACACAAGAUUCACUUCACACAUUCAUAGUUGCCCUUAGAACCUUAAGUCACUUUUUGGUCUUAACCCCCCAAUGCCACAGUCAUACAAAUAUUUCUGUGAAAGAAACAACACAUUUUCAUCAUAUGCAUUAGUUUUAUGUGUCAUGAUACAAGCUUCACCCCAGUUCAAGAUGUAUAUUCCCCUAUGCUGGUGGAAACGAUAGACACCCCUAGAUUGACUUCCCCAAGUGAAGAUGAGUGAAUGGUGGCCUGAGCUCUGGGUGGGAGCACAGACUUCUAGGUCAUGGAUAGCAGACAAGGCUGAGAUGCUGAUUGGUUGGCUGUAGCACUGUGAAUCGGGAUUGGCGCCCAAGCCCCUGUCCCUCCCCCUUUUCCUCUGUAACUGAAGUCUGCUCAGGUGGACAGACGUGAGUACUGAGAGCCCUACAUUGUGUCUCAUCCGUUUUUUGAUGUUCCAAUCCCUUUCAUUUUAGUUUUGUGCUGUUGUUUUUAUUUCUCAAAACUAAAGACUGAUGUAAAAUAUUUGUACAUUCUAUUUCAUACUUGACCUGACCGAAAGAAGACUAAGAAAAAAAAAAAGAUUCAUUUCAUUAAAUAAAAAUUUGUUUUGUAA